CGUUGUGCUUCUUUGAAGGCUUUGACCAUCAGUGAUGCUGGUCCCACAGCGGACGAGUCAUCCUUGCUGGCUGAAACCAUCCGUUCAUGCAUGCGGCCGAAAUAUCUAGGUUGUCCAGCCUCUUCACGCCUCUCUAUUUGGAGAUUGGUAACGGAAGCUGGCUAUUAGACCGACAUGAUGUCAAAUUUGCACCUUUCCUCGAUGUCACGGUCCUUCAUUUCUAUAUGCACACGGCGGCCCGGCGCUGCAUACACUAUCACAGCCUUGCAACUCUCAGAAUUCCUCUCGCUAAAGCAGUUCAAGAUGCGUGUCCGAAUCAUGCCUCGGGCCGAGGCUGAGCAGCUUCAAGUUCUUUGUGCACUAUCUCACUGGCAGUGCAAUGCAUGCCAGACCCUUGAACACAUCAUCAUCUUCUCCUUUGAUUCAGAAGAUGAGGAGACCUCAAACAACUCUUCGACAGCAAUUGCACAAUCCCUUCGUUUUACACAACUGCGAAUCCUGGGCCUCAUUUUUGAAAAUUGCCCCAUUUACCGCAAAAGCGACCUUCUCAUGAAAGCCAUGUCAAGUUGGCCGCGCAUUCGCUACAUGACCUUAGCAGAUAAUCAACUUCGUCCACUUACCGUUGCAUUCCCGGAUGCUGAAGCUGCUGCUCGCAUCAUUUUCUCCACGCUCCCUUGUAUCAACCAAGUUGACCACGCAGACCCGGAGGAGUGGGAUGAGAUUAAUCAACACCCAUCUUUUCAAUCUUCUGCAGUUGCUGGCCGUUAUAUCACACCGGAAGCAACCAGCAACCCGAAUUCGGGAUUCAAGUACAUUGACUGA